AUGACGACAAAACAAUUAUUACCAAUAGGAACUUCUACAUCCAUUCGAUUGGUGAAUGGAGUAAGACCAAACGAGGGUCGGGUGGAGGUUUACCACGGUGGGUGGGGUACAGUGUGUGACGACAAUUUUGGGCCAGAAGAUGCAGUUGUUGUCUGUCGAAUGCUGCGAUACAAAAAUGUCUAUGCCAAAGCAUACGGAAGUGCUCAAUUUGGACCAGGAACAGGGAAUAUUCUCAUGGAUGACGUUAUUUGUAAAGGCAAUGAGACGGAUAUAUCAGCCUGUAGAUUUCAGGGAUGGGGGCAGAAUAACUGUAAUGCGAACGAGGACGUCGGCGUUUCUUGUGAUCCUUUGCCUUAUUUGCGCCUAAAUGGUGGAAACACGUCUUCUGAGGGAUUACUGAGUUUAUAUAAGAACGGAACAUGGUAUCCUAUCUGUGAUGAGAGAAUUUCAGACGCCCAGAUUAACAUGACCUGUCAAAUGAUGGGAUACAAAUCUGGGGGUUAUCGACUUGGGAGCCUUGUAAACCACACACAUAGUACAUACUAUAGAUUCAACAAUCUCCAGUGUUUCAAAGAUUUGAUAUGUACCUCAGACCCAUUUUCUUCCACUGGCUGCUCCCACGGACAUCAGGUGACAAUGGGAUGUUACUCUUCUUUUUCCGACAAAAUUCGACUAGUUGGAGGAACAAAACCGUCUGAGGGCCGGAUCGAGUUGAAACAUAAUGGAAUAUGGGGAAGCAUUUGCUCAAAAAACUUCUCUGUCUCCGAGGGAAAGGUAAUAUGUCGUAGCCUGGGAUUCGAAGGCAGACACGUAACGGUGCAUCAUGGUGGUAUGUUUGGUCAUGGAGAGGGACCGGAAGUGAUAUCCCACUUAAGCUGUCGUGGUACGGAAGAGGAGAUCUGGACCUGUAGCAACCUUUCUUACACGGAACGUCCGUGUUCUCUGGGGAACGAAGUGGGCGUUACAUGUGACGGUACCCCUUUGCAAUUGGUUGGAGGAGCUGGACCUUGGGAGGGUCGCCUAGAGGUUCAAAAUGGUGGUGUUUGGAAAAGCGUUUGUAAAGAUAGUUUUAAUCAACAGAAAGCAAAGAUCAUCUGCAAAAUGAUGGGUUUCCCCGACAGUGAUGUUGUUGCUGACAUCAAACCGGAUAAUUUUUAUGGUCGUGGUUCAAGUCGUCAGAUGAUCAGUAUUCUGAAUUGUCGUGAUGACCUGUCAGACAUUGCCGGGUGUGCCAUGUCUGGGGGAUGUUUAUCCUCCGUCAGUGUUGGCAUCCGAUGUCAUACACAGGAUAUAAGGCUGCGGGGUGGGUCACAUCCCCACGAGGGACGAGUCGAGGUCAAAGUUGAAGGACAAUGGAGUACAGUUUGUGAUGAUGGCUGGGACGACAAGGAUGCCACAACAGUGUGUCGAAUGCUGACGGAUUAUCCCAUUGACAAGCACGUGAAUGGAACUGCCCUUGCAAAUGCUUUCUUCGGAAGAGGAAAUGGAAGAGUAGCCAUGUCAAAGGUCAAAUGUAAUGGGUCAGAGGUCAGCCUCCUCUCCUGUCAGGCAGACAUGACAGGGGGAGUUAACUGUGAUCACUCACGGGACGCGGGAGUGUCCUGUUCAGUAAACAACCACGUUGUGUUAAUGAGUAGCUCCUCCUCUCCAGACACAGGGACUGUGAGUCUAGUGGAGGGUACGCAAUGGCACAGCAUCUGUGAUCAUUCCUGGACGACAGAGGGCGCUCGUGUAGUGUGUCGAUCGCUAGGCUAUUGGAGUACUUCACCAUCUGUUUAUGUGGACGCAUGGUUUGGACAAGCCAAUGGCACAUCCUUGGAUAUCGAGCCGCAUUGCACUGGGUCUGAGUCCAACAUUGCUUUCUGUAAAUUGAGGAAGGAAUGGGGCAACCAGUCUUGUUCCCAUAGUGAUGAUGCUGGUGUUGGGUGUACUCCAACAGCCAUAGGGUAUCACAACGUGCGAUUAUCUGACGGUGAAAAUCCAGGAAUGGGUCGGUUAGAGGUAUUCUAUAAUGGUCAGUGGGGAUCUUUCUGUCAGGACAACUGGAACCAAAACAACACGGAUGUCGUCUGCAAAAUGAUGCACUACAGUUCAGGCGAUUUUUCAUUUUACAAUGCAUCACAAGGAACAGCGGCUGUGCUUGUAAACUCAUUGGAAUGUUUUGGCAAUGAAUCGGACAUUGGAUAUUGUAAAGCUAAUUUACAAAAGGAGAACUGUCAGCGAAAAUCUGUUGGAAUAGAUUGCACAGAUGGCGUAAAGGUUCGGUUUGUCGAAUCUGCCCAGAAUUUUUCAGGCAGAGUGCAGGUUUUCAAGAAUGGAGCUUGGGGAGAAAUUUGUUCGUCUGAUCUUUCGAAAGAGGAAGCGCGUGUUUUGUGCAGCAUGAUGGGUUUCAAAAACACUAAUGCUCGUAUUAUUUCUGGACCCGCCCAUCCCACUGGUGACCACGGCGUCGUCAAGGUGAUAGAUCUUCAGUGCGAUGGAUGGGAGGAGCAUAUUCAUCAGUGCUCUUAUUUGUCUUCUGGUGGCUGCUCGAACGUUGGAGUGCAUGUGCAGUGUUUUGCAUGUACCAAUUCAUACAGCACAGCUCGUGGGAAUUUGUCUUCCGCGGGAUAUCCCCAGGGUUACCAGCAGGUCGAUUGUCUCUACGCCAUCACUCCCCCUAACUCUACACAUCAUAUGUAUAAACUAACCAUCAGUGACCUUGAUAUAAAUAAAACCGGAGAUACCCUACACAUUACGGAAGGACCAGGGGGUCAUACUCUUGCCAUGUUUUCUAGCGGACGUACUGACUCUUUAAUUUUAGCUGGAAAGGAAUUUGUAGUUCGCUUCAGAUCCGAAUCUGGCAGUCAAAGCCAUCGUGGGUUCAGUCUAAAAUGGAGUCCUCUUACUUUGGAGGAUGCCAUAGCAGUCAACUGUGAUGCUAAUUCUUGGCGGAUUGUGGUCAACAUGACUUUGUUACGCAUGUUAUACCCAGACUCCGGAGUCUCCCAGAUUUAUCUUUCGAAACAGUCUUGUUAUGGUCACGUGGUUGGUGAUACGAUUGUGUUCGAUCAGUCAUACAACAACUGUUCCACUUCUAAAACGAUAUCAGACCAGUUUGUGACAUAUAAAAAUCAGCUCGUGUACCCAGAAUCCACUACACCAUUUCCGCUCAUUGUUCAUGGUUACCGUUGGAGAGUUGAUGUCAAAUGUGACCUUGACCGUUACGAACAUGUUACUCAACAUUAUAAGCCCACCGAAGCUCCAGCAACACAAACAACCCUGCAUCACCAAGUAGGGGGAACAGGUCACUACGAUAUAAAGCUACAAUUCUACACCGAUCCACAGUACUUCCACGAGAUCAAGGGAAAUCCGAUAUCUGCAAAUAUUGGUGAGAAUAUUUUCGUGAAAGUUUCCCUAAACAAUGACGAUUAUGGAACGAAAAUGCGACUUGACACAUGCAAGACAAUGCCAGAAGCACAUUCAACACAACGAAACACUUACGUCAUUAUCAAGAACGGGUGUUCUGUUGAUCCUAGUACACAGAUCGUUUCCCAAGGAACGCACGAGACGCGAUUCUUAUUCAACGCGUUCGUCUUCCCGUCCAAUCAGAAUGCAGUGUAUAUUUCCUGUAAUGCUACAUUUUGCUCCACAAAUGAUUUGUCCUCAAAGUGUGCUCAGACAUGUCAUCAUAGAAGAUCAAAUGUAUUUGAUCAAUCGUUUAAACUUUUUUGAAUAAUAA